AUGGGUUAUAUUGCAAUGGUAUUGGUUGCGAGUAUUAUUAUCCUCUGGUGUGUUGCUUUUGUUAUUGCUCAACCAGGUUUUCUCAGCAUCGACUGCGGCGGGAAAUCAAAUUACAAGCAUGAAAACGGUAUACAAUGGGUUCCUGAUGAUAAUUAUAUACAAGUCGGGGAAAAGGUAGAAAUAAGAAACUCUAGCAUGCCAGAAUACCAGCAAAGUGUUCGAGUCUUCCCAGGGCCUCUCGACAAAUCUUGCUAUCAACUGCCCAUAACCCCAAAAGUGCCUCACCUUGCAAGAAUUUGGUUUUAUAAUGGUAAUUACAGUGUACAAUCAGUCUCUCCGCUCUUUAGAUUCUCCAUUGAGACUACGGAAAUGUUGUCCGUGAGAAACAUAACAAGCAGAAUUUCACAGCUGAACCUGCCGAGCGAGAGGAUUUUGUUUAGUUCAAGUGAUGCUCUGUUUAUUUGCUUGAUUAGAACCUCUGAGACGGUUACUCCUUUUAUCUCUGCUAUUGAAUUGAGAACCCUUCAACAAGGCAUGUAUCCUCAAGCCAAGCCCGGAACAAUCUUGCGUAUGGAGGCAAGAUAUGAUGCCGGUGGAAAUACCACAAUCAGGUAUCCUGAAGACAAAUUCGAUCGCCUGUGGUCUCCCUUUCUUCUACUGCAAGGACUCCAGACUAUUACGUUGCAGGGGACAAUCUCAACGAACAACACCCAAGACCUUCCUCCAUCUACCGUUAUGCAAACUGCAGCUACGACACUUGCCAACCAGAGCAUAGACAUGGUUUUCGAACUAAUAAGCAACCCCUUACUGUUACUCUAUUUUGCAGAAAGCAACGUGCUUAACGUCUCUGAUUCAAUGACUAUGAAGGUUGGGCAAAUCAGUUUAACACUCGAUCGUGUGGAAAGAGAUUUUUCUGCCAAAGAGGUUGGGUUUAAUUUUGGGGAAAUACCGACGUUCGGAAGAAAUUUUACUUUUGACAAUAUACAGCUGUACAGAUCCUCUAACAGAGGUCCCGGUCCUCUCAUCAAUGCUUUGGAGUACUACCAGCUCAUUACUACUGAAAUUGCAACUUACUCAGCUGAUGUUGAUGCUCUAGCUGCUAUGAAGAAACAGUUUAAAAUCAACGAUUGGAUUUCAGAUCCUUGUUUUGUUCUUCCAUGGGAAGGAAUCCAGUGCAAUAACAGUCCUCCUUCUGUCAGAAUUUCGGAUAUCAACUUGGCCGGAAGGAGUCUGACGGGAUCCAUACCCACAGUUCUUGCUCAGAUGACUGAGCUCAUUAACAUAUCGCUGGCAAAUAACAAUUUGACUGGAACAUUACCAGAUUUUUCUAGAUUGAGAAAGCUGGAGAGACUACAUUUACAAAACAACAGCUUGAGUGGUGAAAUUCCAGACUGGGUAUCCCAACUAGACAAUCUUAAAGAGCUAUUCAUAGACUACAAUAAUUUCAGCGGCGUAAUUCCCCAACUUCUCCUUCAGAAGAAUAUAUUAACUUACGAAGGCAAUAAGUACCUUACUAAUACGUCUCAGUUUCCAACCCCUUCCAACUCAAACCGGAGCAAUGUAGGAGUUAUCGUUGGAGCUAUAGGAGGCGGCAUCAUAAUUAUAGCUUUUAUUUUGAUUGUAAGUAUUAUUGUGUACCGAAGGAAAUUUAGGAGAAAGGAGAUCGUACUUGCAGAUUCCAAAGGCAGCGCAUCAGAAAGCAAAUCUGUAAAUAUCUUCGAACUCGACUACUCAAUGGUUUUGGUACCGAACCCAACAAAAUCCCGUGCGUUUACCCUAGAAGAGAUGAUGACAUCUACAGAAAACUUUAGCUUUAAGAUCGGACGAGGUGGCUUUGGUUCUGUGUUCCGUGGUAAAUUGCAGGGCGGAAAUCAAAUUGCAGUAAAAGUGCUCUCUCUUUUCUCCAAACAAGGAGUUCUAGAGUUUCUGAACGAGAUUGAUCUUCUGUCGAGAGUUCAUCACAAGAACUUGGUGUCUUUGCUUGGUUAUUGCAACGAAUCCAGAGAAUUAAUGCUUGUAUAUGAAUAUAUGGUUGUAGGCUCCUUAAAAGAUCGUCUUUAUGGUAACAGUGCAGGGCAAUAUCCGAAUCUAGAUUGGAAAACCAGGCUUAGCAUAGCCUUAGAUGCAGCGCAAGGAUUGGAAUACCUGCACAUAAGUUGCACCCCAAAAAUUAUUCACAGAGAUAUAAAGACUGCCAACAUUCUUCUAGACGAAAAUUUAAAUGGGAAACUGGCAGAUUUCGGUCUUUCAAGAGUGACAAUUGAUGGAGAGGAUUCUCAUGUCACAACUACUGUGAAAGGAACAGCAGGAUACCUAGAUCCAGAGUAUUUUAAGACAGAAGUCCUGACUGACAAGAGUGAUAUCUAUAGUUUUGGGGUGGUUUUGUUAGAGAUCAUUUGUGGCAGAGCACCUAUAGAUACAAAAGUUUCUUCAAAUGAAAUUAAUCUUGUUAGAUGGGUCACACCGUUUAUGGAGAUGGUUGAAUAUCCUGAAAAAUUUGUAGAGAUAGUGGACAAGCGAUUGGUUGGCAAUUACAGCAAUAAAUCCAUUGCUCAUGUGGCGAAGCUAGCAAUUAGGUGUGUUGCAGACAACCCAUUGUCAAGGCCUAGUGCAAGCGAAGUUUUGGUAGAGAUGAAAGCGGCUGUGCAAUAUCACGCAACAAGUUUGGACAUCUCUGAAGAGAUCGAUAUUGAUUAUCAGGAUCAGCAGAUAAGUCCGAUUACACAGAGGGACAUCAAUUCAACCGACAACAGUUCCUACUUUUCACGGUCUGAAAGUUAGUCCGUUGUACAAAGAUGGUUAGAAAGACAAGAACCAAGACUAUCGUGUAUUUUUCCUUGAAUUCAAUUUUUCAAUUAAUUUUUGAAUAAAAAUAUCUAUAGUUUAAUUUAUUUCUA